GAUUUAAAAGAAACAAGUUCUUCAGUGAAGGCCGUAUGAUAGCCUGUCAGUUAUUUUGAUCAGACCUUCAAAAAUUGACUAGUGGACAAAAGUACGAUACCUAUGCUGCAACAUUAGUAAACAUAAAAACUUGUGAAAUCGUAAAAUCGAUGUGCCGUUAACUGUUUUACAUUCCUCAGGGCGUUUGAUAAGUGUAACACUCCUUAGAGGGCAGGUUUCUUUGUGAGGUCGAAUAGGAAUCGUCAAAGAUUGACUCCGUGUGGGGCUGGGCUUCGCCCCCGCUGCGGUUGCAGCUGGGUAACUCACGCGGACACAAAAGCGAAACACAAGCUGAAUCUCGCGGGCCGCAUGCUGCCCUUUGGGCUUUCGGUCCGGCCCGACGCCAUAUUGUUUGAGGCCCGGAACAUGAAGAUGGGGGAGGGCGGGUCGCCGGGCGGCGGCGGCGGCGGCGGGGCGCGGCUGUCGCACACGUCGGAGAAACACCCGCGCGCCAUCCUCGGCGAGCUGUCGGCGCUGCGCCGUCACCGGGAGCUGUGUGAUGUGGUGCUCAAUGUCGCUAACAGGAAACUCUUUGCUCACCGGGUGAUCCUGUCAGCAUGCAGCCCGUACUUCCGCGCGAUGUUCACGGGCGAGCUGGCCGAGUCGCGCGCCACCGAGGUGACCAUCCGCGACGUGGACGAGCAAGCCAUGGAGCAGCUCGUCGAGUUCUGCUACACUGCCCACAUCGUCGUCGAGGAGAGCAAUGUUCAGGCGUUGCUCCCGGCAGCAUGCCUGCUGCAACUCCAGGAGAUCCAGGACGUGUGCUGCGAGUUCCUCAAGCGGCAGCUGGACUGCUCCAACUGCCUCGGCAUCCGCGCCUUCGCCGACACACACUCUUGCCGAGAACUGCUCCGGAUCGCUGACAAAUUCACACAACAGAACUUUCCAGAGGUAAUGGAAAGCGAAGAGUUCCUACUGCUGCCGGCGGCGCAGCUGAUCGACAUCGUGUCGUCGGACGAGCUGAACGUGCGCUCGGAGGAGCAGACCUUCCAGGCUGUCAUGUCCUGGGUCAAGUAUAAUGUGGCUGAAAGGAGACAGCAUCUGGCACAGGUCUUACAACACGUGCGGCUGCCACUUCUAAGCCCCAAGUUCCUCGUGGGCACAGUAUCCUCAGAGCUGCUGAUCCGGUCCGACGACGCCUGCCGCGACCUGCUGGAUGAGGCCAAGAACUACCUGCUGCUGCCCCAGGAGAGGCCGCUCAUGCAGGGACCUAGGACAAGGCCUAGGAAGCCUACGAGACGAGGAGAAGUCCUGUUCGCUGUGGGCGGGUGGUGUUCAGGCGACGCCAUCGCGUCGGUGGAGCGGUUCGACCCGCAGACGUCGGAGUGGAAGAUGGUGGCGCCCAUGUCCAAGCGGCGCUGCGGCGUCGGCGUGGCCGUGCUGCACGACCUGCUGUACGCCGUCGGCGGCCAUGACGGACAGAGCUAUCUCAACAGCAUCGAGCGGUAUGAUCCGCAGACUAAUCAGUGGUGCGGGUCGGUGGCGCCGACGUCGUCGUGCCGCACGUCUGUCGGCGUGGCCGUGCUGGAGGGCGCCCUGUACGCCGUCGGCGGCCAGGACGGCGUGCAGUGCCUCAACCACGUCGAGCGAUACGACCCCAAGGAGAACCGCUGGACCAAGGUGGCGCCGAUGAACACGCGGCGGCUGGGCGUGGCGGUGGCGGUGCUGGGCGGGCAGCUGUACGCCGUGGGCGGGUCGGACGGCGCGGCGCCGCUGAGCUCGGUGGAGCGGUACUGCCCGCGCAGCAACAAGUGGAGCCAGGCCGCCAGCAUGUCCACGCGCCGCAAGCACCUCGGCUGCGCCGUCUUCGACGGACAGAUCUACGCCGUCGGCGGCCGCGACGACUGCACCGAGCUCUCCUCUGCCGAGCGUUACGAGCCACACACGGACACGUGGUCGCCGGUGGUGGCGAUGACAUCACGACGCUCGGGCGUCGGCCUGGCCGUCGUCAACGGGCAGCUGUAUGCCGUCGGCGGCUUCGACGGCACCGCCUAUCUUAAGUCUAUAGAGGUGUUUGACCCGGAAUCGAACCAAUGGCGAUUAUGUGGCGCGAUGAACUACCGGCGGCUCGGCGGCGGCGUCGGCGUCAUGCGAGCGCCGCAUCAUGACAACCAUUAUAUAUGGAACCGAAAAGACUCAGUAGUGUGAGGUGGCGGCACCCGCGCUGUAAGAUAUUCCCCCUCCACCUUAUCAGUUAAGUCGUUACUCAUUUACUUUAUUGUUAAUACAAAUAUACUAUAAUUGACUAUUUAUAAAUAAAUGAAAUACAAAGUUUAGAAUAUUA